UGCUGUCAGUAGGCUCUACAGUGCCAGUCUACCUGUAGAUCCAAAUAUUGCAGUUUGUAGAAGCAGAAUGGCUCUAGAACUGAAGACUGUAUUUUGUGUUUGUUUCUUUCUUGCAUUGACCGGAAAAUGCAGACCCAAAUAUUACCACCCAGAAACUCCCUUAAUGCAGUAUGUGUUCAACAAUUCAGUGAGAGAACCACCAGUGCUGGAGAAACUCAGAUUGAAAACACUUGAAGAUCCUUUGUACAUCAUGUUAGCAACGAUUGAGCAUGCUCAGCUCAUGGCCAACCUGCUAAAACUGAUGAAAGCCAAAAAAGCCAUAGAAAUAGGAAUGUACACCGGGUACAAUGCCCUCAGCAUGGCACUGGCACUUCCAGACGAUGGUCGCGUGGUGGCCUGUGAGAUCAAUGAGGACUACGCCGAUAUCGGCAAGCCCUUCUUUAAAGAGGCAGGAGUGGACAAGAAAAUUGAUAUCCGCUUACAGCCAGCCCUGAAGACCUUGGAUGAUCUCCUAGCUGCUGGGGAGAACGAGACCUUUGACUUCGUCUUCAUCGACGCAGACAAGCAGAACUACGGAAACUACUAUGAGAAAUCCAUGCAGCUUGUGAGGAAAGGUGGCAUUAUCGCCAUUGACAACGUUCUGUGGAGCGGCAGGGUCAUUGCACCAGCAGAGGAUGACCUGCGCUCCCAGACCAUCGACACACUGAAUAAGAAACUGCACACGGACGACAGGAUCGAUCUGAGCAUGCUCGCUUUUGGCGACGGCCUGACACUGGCAUUCAAACGCUGGUAAACACAAUAAAAUGCAUCCCAGAGAAAAUUA